CUACCCCAUGACAUACUUUUUUAAUGUCAUUCAAUAUGCUCUUAUCCAAUUAUUUCAUUUACCGACACCCAACCUUACACCGUUCAACAACCAGGUAGAGAUAUUUAAGUAGGCAGCAGCAUUCUACCUAUAUAACUGCCCCCGUCAGCUUCAACCCCAACAAACCGUCCUUCAUGUACACUGCUUAACUAAAGCAAUAAGGAAACAAAGACAAAAUGGGCAAGCAGAGCACUAUCAUCUCAUCGACCUUUCCAAAUUCCUCUCCCUCCCUUUCCCGCUCUGAGAUUAUCCAUUCCACGCUCUCGAACCUCGACCACACCGACUCUAUAACCCGGUGCUCUAUAAAAUCCGUCACAAUCGCCAAGAACAACACCAUCAAAAACAACAUCGAGGAUGCUCCAGAGCCCGGUCCCAGCUCUAGAUCCAGAUCUAGAUCCAGCUCCAACUUUUCAACUUCAACCUCACCAAGCACAGGCAUCCACCUGAAACGGUGCAAAAUCACCACAUCAACGCUGAGCAAUACCUCCCUCCGGCGAUGUAAAAUCGCCCAUAGCACACUGACAAAUAUCCCCUCAGCACACCGCACGGAUGUUUCAAGGAGCACUCUCGAUGAUGUCUCAUCUCUCCGGCGGGUGUCAGUGUCGAACAGCACCGUCGCGGAUGGGAGUGCGCUGUCACGGUGUAAAGCCAAGGACAGCGUUGUGAGCAGCAGUGCCGUGUACAGGGGGUCGAUUGAGAAGAGUAAUGUUGUGGGGAGUCGUCUGCGAAAGACGAAGUUGAAGGAGUGCGAUGUGAAGGACUGUGUGAUUGUGAAUACGGACUUUCGGGGGAUGGUGUUGAGGAAUGGGGUUUGGAAGGACGGGGUGCUUGUUGGGUGUUUCCGGGGGAUGGAGAAUGUUGUUGUUAAUGGGAAGAUGAUGGAUAUGCCGGUGAAGAGCGGAGACGGGUCGAAGGGGAAGAAGAACGAGGUUCCUGAGAAAUGGAUGGAGGGAAUGGAGGACUCUGAGAUGGAGAGCAGUGGCAGUGACAGUGACAGUGAGACUGAGGAGGAUCUUCCACCACCAUACACCCCUUGA